AAAAAAAAAAAAACAGGUGUACGGUUUCAUCACAGGGACGCCCCCUCUCGCUCCAGAGCCGCUGUCGCUCUCGCUGCUGGAGCUCCAGCCGCGCGCGUCGAAGUGAGAACUUUUCUUCUGUCACACAUGGAGGACGCCCGCUCUCUGACGUGAAUUCUGUGGGGAGAAUAAGGCGUUAGACGGUGUAACGUCUGGAAAUUAAAAGGAAGGGCUCGGAGUUGAGGAAGGAAAGAACAGGAGAGAAAAGAAGCCAAACAAAAAGAAACUCGGACUUGUGGCGCCUCAUCUUUGUUUGAGCCUUCAGCAAGAAAUCCUUCAACCUUCUGGUUUUAUGAGGGAAAGUGUGCUCACCUUCAGUAAAUCAGUGAGAAGUGCUCUUCAUUAUGAAUACAGAUAGUGGAGGAUGUGCUCGCAAAAGUGUGGCCUUGUCACUCAUGCUCUCCCCCAUGAAGAGGGUCCAGAGCUCACCAAAUCUGGCCACAGGUAGUGAGUCCCGUUCGUCAGACUUGGAUUCUUGGCGGUCUCGCAGUGCCACUGACGGUCUUAAAAAUGGAGAUGCCAGCAGCUCAUCUCUUGCUGCCAAAGGCUUUCGAAGUGUCAAACCUAACCUCCAAGACAAGAAGUCCCCCCCACAGGGCCUUCCACUCCCUGACCUUACAGCAGGGCGCUUUACCCAUCGCUGCCAGAGCUCUGAAUCCCUUGACUACCCAUCAAGCAUAAUGCCCAAGGCUCUGUCACCUUCCCCGUACGUGGCGAGUGGACCUAGCAUGAAAGCCGGUGCGAGCAACGAGUCGAGCCACACCGCGGUGGGCAUCGGCAGCUUCGUGUCACCCUCAGCUUCCCCCGUGACGGUUUCUGCCCUCAGCCACUACUCAUCAUCAACAGCAGGUCUGCUGGAUGAGCUGCAGAUCUGUGGCCUGGACUCACCUGGUGCUUCUCCCACGCCAUCGCCCACUCUCAGCCACGUCUCCGCCUCCGCAUCCACUGCUGGCCCUGACGAUGCUCUAACAACCUCUGUGGGCUCCACUGCUGCAGCAGGCACUGUCACUAAUGGCCAAGUCCUCUCUCACGCCAUGAAUGGAAGCGCCGGCCUUCCACAGAGGCCCAUGUCGCCCCCGUCAUAUCCUCCGCCCCCCGCCUCGCUCCACAUUGGCCUCCAGAGGCAAAGCAGGAGUUCAGAGGGCAGUGAGUCGAUCACCAGGGAGUCGGUGAUUUCAGGUCACACCAGCAUCAGCAGCACUGUGCCCAUCGCUCGCUUCUCAGAGGAAGAGAAGAAGGUGUCGGUCCUUAAAGCCCCUCAUUACGAAGGCAUCGGGCCUGUGGAUGACUCAGGCAUCCCCAUUGCCAUUCGCACGACGGUGGACAGACCUAAAGAUUGGUACAAAACUAUGUUCAAACAGAUUCACAAAGUUCACAAAGCAGAUGACGACUACUCCGACACAUACAAUGCAUCGUACGCCCUGAUCAACAGCGACGACCUCAGCCUGUCGUCCAGCACCACCAUGGCGCAUCCACCAGCACGGACGCACACCUACAGACCUCUGUCCAAGAGCCCCUCGGACAACGGAGCACAGCUCGGAGCUCGGGAGCCAUCACCAACCCCUGUGCCUCCACCGCCUCCACCUAUGCCGUCCCUCCUCCAGCUGCGGGCCCGAGACAGUGACCGCGAGAGGAGCGUGCCGGACUUGAAUGAAUGGGGUCCUCCUGACAGAAAAGUGGACACGCGGAAGUACAGAGCAGAACCCAAGAGUAUUUUUGAAUAUGAGCCGGGGAAGUCCUCCAUUCUGGAGCAUGAAAGACCAAGCUAUGAUGACAUAGAUUUAGAGAACGAGCCGUGGUAUAAGUUCUUUUCUGAGUUGGAGUUUGGGCGGCCGCCUCCUAAAAAACGGCUGGAUUAUAAUCCAGACAUCUCCACCCGCCAGCGCAUUGAGACAUCCCUCCACAUCCCUCCCAUUGACCAGGCUUCAGAGAGACCUGCAAGUGCUUCCAGCGACUACAGGAAGAGGAGGAAGUCGGAGCCGUCGAGUUCUCAGGCGAAUGCUCAGCCUCCGAGCAGAGCUGUGACGUCCCCUAAAUCGGCGGAUGCAUGCAAAGCCGGCAGCAGCUUAAAGAAGCCCGUAAUUCGUUCGUCACCAUCCUCACCCUCCAGAGCCAAAGGUGGGGACGCAUGCAACAUGUUUUCCAACAAUCUGACCCCUGCAGGUCUUUACGAGAGCACCUCCCUGCCCCCCAUUCCUUCUGACCCAGAUCGUUGCCAAGAGGAUGGCGCCCAGGAGGGCAGCUCCUCCUCCAAACAGUCUGUCUGCUGUGCGAACAGUUGGCCGACGCAAAACCCGGAAGCUGAUGCGGAGAAGGCCCCGCCUUCCUCUGGCAAGCUCAAGUCCCGAAGCUGUGAUGACUUACUGACCGACGGGCAUUCAGCCUCUGGGGGGCACAACGCGGCCCGCUCAGAAAGUGCCGGCUCACUGGUGUGCGAUGGGAACCCUCCGUCUGUUUCAGCCUCCAGUCACUCACUGCCUCCUCUUCACCGCCGACGCGCACACGACUCGCCAGGCUUUCUCCAGCUGUAUCGUAAGAUGCACCAGAUCGACCGAGCUCAGCUCAUCUCCUCUGAGGUCAUCCGUUCGGUUCGCACUCGAAUCCUAGAGCUGGAGCGCCAGCCUCAUCUGCAUCGCCAUCGCCUGUCUCCUUGGGCGCCAUCCUGGCGUGUCGAAGUGCCACGUGACAUGGUGCCAAAUCGAAUUUCUGAAUACGAGCGUCUAAUUCAGAAGUCCAAAUCUUUGCCCAACUUGGGCGACGGCGAGGUGCCCUCGGGCACCACUACACCAGGCGGCUCAUCGUCUCGUGCUAGCAGUGCGGGUGGUGGAACACCCAGUUUACCGAAACGCCGCUUUUCUAUAGAGUCAUUGCUAGAGGAAGACAGCAACAACCACAGCAGAACUGCUCCGCACGGUUUAGACCGCCUACAUGGACCUCGCAGCCCACCUGAAGGCCAGCCUCGUGUUGGGCCAGAGCCGGGCCGCGGUCCGUCUUUUCCUGCUCUCGCCGCUCCCCCGGCCCCUCAGGCCAAUCAGGACUUUUCUGACAGUGAACCGGACGCCAUUGCAUCUGAUCUCAGCGAUUUCAUCCAAGUAGAGGGCUCCUCCUUCUGCAGUGAAAGUGACUUUGAUCAUUGUUCACUGACCUCCUCUGAGAGCCAGUAUGGCCCCUCGGCCCACCACAGUCAGCACCUGCGUCACCACCACCAUCACCAUCACCACCACCAUAGUGUUCACCAAAGUCUCAGCCAAACCCAGGGCUACCAGCACCGCCACCUCAUCAGCACCUGCAAAGGUCGCUGUCCAGCCUCAUACACCCGCUUUACCACCAUGCUUCGUCACGAGCGGGAACAAGCGCGGCAGGAGCACCACCGACCCGCCCAGCAAAGCCGCAGCGCCCAUCCCCGAGUCCCAGACUCCCAGUCCCAGCAAGCGAUGUCAAAGCUGGCCUUUUUGGUCAGCCCUGUGCCUUUCCGCAGAAAAAAGGGCUCCCCACCUACCUCCAGAAGAAGCGGCGGUGCUGGUGGUCGAGGCAGCAGACCCAAGUCCAAACAGGCCAUCUACGAAGCACUAGACGCAGCCUUGAGAGACAUUUAUGAGCACAUUCAAGCAGAGCGAGGCCACAGGAGCACCAGACCGCCGGACGAUAGCAUCCUGAGGAGAAUACUCGCCGAACUGCUGCCAAACGUGCCUGAGAGGAGCUCCUCACUGCGGGGGAGGAGGGGCUGCUGGCACGGGGGGCACUCCUCUGCGUCCUUGUGCCCAGAUGGAAGCCCCACGGGGUUCGCUCCGUGCAGAGCGGAGCCCUCCACACCGAGGCUGCAGUCCCCUCGGGUCCAGUCACCGAUCAGUGCCUGUUACGGACGGCAUUCGGAGGCCUCAAACAUGAAUGAAUACGCAGAGGAGCGGGGCAAUGGAAAUAGUUUCUGCUGUUCAGACCAGGAUGUCUCUAGAAGUUACUCCACCAUGGACGGACGCCACACUCCUCAGAGCCGAAGACAGACCCCAGACAGAGAGGUCUCCCAUAAACAGAUGACACAACUCAUUCUCUUCUCUCUCCUCCAUCAGAAACAGCCUGCAAGAGCCAUUUAUGAUUUUAAGGCACAAACUCCAAAGGAGUUGUCAUUUAAAAAGGGUGACGCGGUGAACAUCAUUAGGCAAAUAGAUAACAACUGGUAUGAAGGGGAGCACCGAGGACGAGUGGGGAUCCUACCUAUUUCAUACGUAGAGAAAGUGGCGUCCUCAGAGAAGCAGCAGCCGAUCCGUCCGCCUCCUCCUGCACACGUGAGGGAGAUCGGAGAGGCGGUGGCCCGCUACAACUUCAAUGCUGACACCAAUGUGGAGCUGUCAUUGAGAAAGGGCGAGCGGGUGAUUGUGAUCAGGCAGGUGGACCAGAAUUGGUACGAGGGGAAGAUUCCAGACACAACCAAACAGGGCAUCUUCCCCGUGUCCUACGUCGACCUCGUCAAGCGCUCCCCAUCCAAGAGCUCCGCCCACCACGUGGAUCCACACAGUUACCAUGGCAGCAGGACGCCCAGUUCCACACCUGUCAAGCCGCUCUAUCAUUUACCUCCACCUUCCUCCACUCAUGACCUGCUGUGCCCCCACCCCUCUCUGAGAAGGCAUGACCUGCAGGCCGUCACCAGCGAGUGGCUGUCCCUCACCAUGGAUCUGUCCGCUUUCACUCCAGCACGCUCCCUCGCCUCCACCCCUACUCCCCCCACUCCGCCCCCCCUCCCCGUCGGUUUUAAGGCGGGCUCGCCUGCUCUGUUGCAAAAAGGCUCCGCCCCCUUUCCGUCAGCAGUGCCACCUCUCACAGACAGACUCGCUGGUUUCCGACACGCCCCGACUUCGCUGCCUUUCUCCCAACCCUCUCCCCCACCUGCUCCACCACCACCUCCUCCUCCUCCUCCUCUCGCUCCACCUGUCACUCAUUCCUCAUUCACCUCUCCUCUACCAGACUCUUCUUUUCGAUAUACCGGAGGCAGAGGGUUUCAAACCUGUGACACAGAUCCCUUUAGUAAGCCUCAGGUUUCCUCCUCUGUAAAGACACAACUUCCACCGCUCAAAGCCUCCGCCCACGAAAGCGAGCGCAGCAAAUCCCCCGACAUCGAGCUGAGGGUGAAAGACCCCUACGACGAGCUGCUGUCCAUCAUAUCGGACGAGUCAAACCCCACAGUCGAGGCUUUCAGAACGCCCUCAGGUGACUCCCUUCCGCCCAAGCUUAGCUGGGAUUCUCCAAGUAAAUGGGGUCAGCCAAAAGAACUGUCCUGCCGAGUCGAUGCAACCGACAAGCUAACAGCAAACGCUCUGUUAGAGGCAACCGUUUACACGCCUGUAACGGUGAAGCCGAGUCCCUAUUUACUCAGAGAGCAGCCGACGACUCAGAAGGAAGACGCGGGUGAAUGUCUGAGGCUGCCACCGGGGGCAGCAGAGGACUGCAAUGAGUUAUUUAUUGAGGAAGAGGAUGAGGCUCAGACGGACAAAGAGGAAGACACCCCAGUGGUGAAUGAGAGGCUCUGUUUACAGGCUGAAGUCUCUGCUUCCACUCUGACUCAGUUUCCUCUCACUGGUCUCCUCCCACCCUCCACACCACCGCCCGUGACCUCCACCCUUCCUCCUUUGUGUCCAUCGUCUCUUUCUCAGGCACCCCAGCAUGAAGGCGGCGUCACCAUCCUCUCCUCCUCCUCCUCCCCUCACCCCCCACCCCUUCCCCGACUCUCCGCAUCCCCGCUGCCUCCAUCUGUGUCCUCGCCCCCCCUUCUCGUCUCACAUUCCUCUGAUGUUCUCUCCCAGCCCACACCCUCCUCUCGCUCCUCCUGUCUUCCCUGUCCGGCCCCGUCCUGCCCCGUUUCAGACUCGCAGUUCCACGCCCCACCUCCAUGUAAAACUGUCUCACCCCCCCUCUCCACACCCCGCCCUUCUGCCCACACCGCCCAGCAUCCAGGAUGUAGGUCUCCCAAGGUGAAGGUAAAGCAGGAUCCGGUUGUUGGCGGUAAACCCCCUCGUAGCCCCAUCUUGUCCCGGAGGUCCUAUCUGUCACCAGUUAGAGGUCGCAGGCGGCUAGUGCAGGACGCUCUACACGGGGGAGGCGAUCCGUAUCAAGCUCUUUACAACUACAUACCUCGCAACGAGGAUGAGCUGGAGCUGAGGGAGGGGGACGUUGUGGAUGUGAUGGAGAAAUGCGAUGAUGGCUGGUUUGUUGGGACCUCCCGAAGGAGCAAGUUGUUUGGUACCUUUCCAGGAAACUACGUGAAGCAGCUAUAAUGAUGAUUCCAGACUCCCUGAGGCUCCGCCCCUUUCUGUGACCUGCUCAUCACCGUCAGCACAGCGCCCGCAGGACGUCCAUAGAGAGACCUACAGCACAAUGUUGUGUUUGCAUUUACUUGUGGCUUGAAAACUUCCCACACAGAAUCUUUAGCUCCAACUAGCCAUAGAUCACUGAAGACUACAAUAAGAUAAAUAGUUUUUUUUUUCUUUGAUUUUUUUUUUACUACAAUUUUGUUUUUGUUUUUUUUUCAUAUCAUUUUUCAUAAGCUUAUUUCACUUUAAAUUCAGUUCUACAAAAGUUCUUCAUGGUAACAUCUAGAACAUUUUCUGGAUUAGGAGGAUUAUUUCAAACACCAACAAGUAUCCAGGUUUCGAAGCAUUUAUUUAUCUGUUUUUUAUCCUAUUUUAUUACGAUUGAUGCACUUUAACAAACCUGAACACAAAGUUUGUUCCCAUGUGAUGACAGAGAACUUCCUAACUGUGGGGCUUCAGGGGACAAAGUCAUGUGGGGAAAGGGAAAGCAUCGGUAUUAUAUUUAUUAGAUAAUGAUCUGUGGAUUCAUCUGUGUUAUGACGUGGUUUUAAGGCGGUUUAAAACCAUCGUGGUUUGUCUUUUUAUCUAUUUUUAUGAAGGAUCGUUCCUGUUAUAAUCAAGUGUCCAUGUAGGUUCACAUUUCAAGAGGAGGAUGAAGACAAAGUCCUGCUGUUUGGUGUUGAAUUUAUUUAAGAAUGUUGCAGGAAUAGAUAGAAAUUUCUAGAAAAACUACAGUUUUUUGAAUGCAGUUUCUCCCCUUUAGACCGACGGUGUCUUUUAACCCCGUGAGAGGAUCACUUGUUGGAGUUUUUCACACUAAAAACACUUUUUUGUUGUUGUCAUCUCAUGUAUUUUAUAAGUGAUGGACACAGUGCAAGAAGACUGAUGUUGAAGCACCUUAUGAUAGGUCGUCCCUCACGCCACUCCCUUCCCAUCAUUCACUGCAUCAGCUGCUGUGAGAACACGUGUGUCUUUGCUGUUUUGUAAACAUAUUUUGUAUGAGAGCUAUUAAAUGGGCGGCAUCACCUGGGUUUAUACAUUUUUUCUUCUCACCAUCUCAUUUGGUUUCCUUUCUUCACAAUUCAUUCACUUUUUUAUUUAUUUUCAAUCCUUGGUAACAGAAGUUGCUUUAGCUUGACGGUGUAGAGUCGGCCAUCGCCGCUUUACACGCCACUCGCUACAAUCAUAGCCGUGUUCGUGUGAAUCUCUUGGAAAAAUAAAGUUAUGACUAUGAGGACUGGAGGACAUGGACCUGUUUGAAAGAGCAGCAGGGGCUUUUAUUUAAACAUUGAUAGGAAAUUGAAGUUUUUCUCCUGACGAGUUUCUACAUGUAGUUAGAUUUAAAAAAAAAAAGUCAAAAUCUACAAUAAUUCUUGAAGUAUUUCUACAAUAUUGUAGCACCUGUUGAUGCUUUUAUGGCCCUGUAUUGCUAAUAAAAUCCAACUGGUAGAUGA